UAAACUUACCAUGACUUAAGGUGAGGGGACUAAAGGAAGCUAGUAUCUUUGGCUGAACGAGCCAAAGGUAGAAAUGUGGCUGGAUUUUAAACUUACUCUGAUUGCACAUCUUCUUAUACAUUAAAACACUUAGCGACGAGAGAGAGAAGGAGAGAGAGAGAGACAGAGACGCUCUAACAACCGAAGAUACAAGUACCUUUUUCAAAAAAAAAACACGCAGGUUGAUCCUCUGUAGCAGCAACCGAUGUGAAUACAAUGGCAGAAGCUGCAGAAUCUUCAGCUGGAGCAUCUGGUGUACAUACCAUGGCAGAGGACAAGCACUUUGUGGAUCAACAUCAGUUUGAGCUGAUCAGGAGGGUGCACAAUGUUGGAGCCAUUUUGGAUGAGCUCGUCCACAAAAAUGUCAUCCAGCAGGAGAGUUAUGAUGAAAUCAGGGCUCUGCCUACCUCUCAAGAGAAGAUGAGGGCACUCUUCAGGGGCCCUCUGGAGUCCAGUGGAGUUCAAGAAAAAGACAUCUUCUACAAAAUCCUGAACAUAAAUGAGCCAGAUCUAAUGGCUGAUCUCAAGAGAAUGAAAUUGGAAGUAGCAACACUGACAGCCGAGGGCCUUAGCCUGGGAACUGAAGAGAAACACUCCGCUGAUGAAGAGCAGCCUUCACUGAUCCAGAGAGUGGAAACGAUGGCGUCUGUUAUAGAGCUGCUUUUGGAAACGCUGGCUGAUUUGAGUUACGAGGAGCUCGAGAUGGUCAGGCACAGUCUGAGUCAAUUUUGCCUCCUCAGACAUCACUCAGACAUCCCAUGGAGGCUGCUGACACCAACAGACAUGAAGAACGUAGUGUUUUUAAUGGUACAGAUCCACGGGCAAAUAUCUUUGGUGAAAACCGUGGAGGUUUUAAAGAUGAAGAGGACUGAUCUGGUGCAGAGGCUGUCACAUAGCAGCUCAGGAGCCAAAAAAAAACACUUUGUGGAUGAACGCCUGCCUGCACUGAUCCACAAAGUGGCGACAAUGACGGCUGUUACAGAGUUGCUUUUUGAAACACUCAAGAAUUUGAGUUACGAGGAGCAAAAGACCUUCAGGUGGUUUCUGCAGUUCACAUUCUUCCAGAGGAGCUUUCUUUGCUUCUCAUGGGGACGACCGUGGCGUGCAGGUGAUGCACGAGAACUGGCAGAACUGAUGGUGGAGAUAUGUGGUCAACGUUCUUUGGAGGUGACCGUGGAGGUUUUCUUGGAAAUGAAGAGGCCUGAUCUGGUGCAGAGGCUGCCAGAAACCAGCUCAGCGCCCAAAGAAAAACACUCUGUGGAUGAACAUUGGCCUGCACUGACCCAGAAAGUGGAGGCGAUGGUGUCUGUUAUAGAGCUGCUUUUGGAAACACUGAAAGAUUUGAGUGACAGGAUGUCCGAAUUCAGGGGAGUCCUCUGGAAUCAAGCUGACUUCCACAGACAUCUCUCUAAAAUCCAACUGAUUCCGCCGCACAUGAGAGACUUGCAGGACAUGGUGUUUCUAGUGGUGCUGACCUUUGGCCAACAGUCUGUGGAGAUGAUCAAGGGGAUUUUGGAGCAGAUGAGGAGGACUGAUCUGGUGCACAAGUUGUCAGACCGCAGCUUAAAACUCAAAAAGAGGCACUCUGCAGAUGAACAGCGCUCUGCACUGAUCCAGAGAGUAGCAACAAUAGCAGUUGUUAAACAGCUGCUGGUGGAAACCCUGAAUGAUUUGCAUUAUUCGGAGUACAGAGUGUUCCGGAAGGACCUCCCAGACAUCUUGAGCCCCGCAGACACAGCAGAUCUGAUGGUGCAGACAUACGGCCAACGGUCUGUGGAGCUCACCAGGGAGGUUUUUGUGGUCAUGAACAGGCCUGAUCUUGUUCAGAGGCUGUCAGAGUCCAGCUCAGGAUCCAAAAACAAACACUCUGUGGAUGAACAUCGACCUGCACUGUUCGAGAGAGUAGCAGCAAUGGCAGCUGUGAAAAAGAUGCUUUUGAAAACAGUCAGUGGUUUGAGUCAAAAGGACUUCGAGAAUUUCAGCUGGCUGCUGCAGUUCACCUGCUUCCAGAAGAGCCUCCCACAAGUCUCAUGGAGGCAGGUGAACUGGACAAAAAGGACUCACAUAGUGGACGCAAUGGUACAGACUUGUGGCCAGCAGUCUGUGGAGGUGACCAUGGAGGUUUUCAAGGAUAUGAACAGGACUGAUCUGGUGCAGAGGUUGUCACAGACCAGUUCACAAUUCAAAGAGGAACAUCAGCCUCAACCACUCCAGAAAACAAACACUCUGUGGACAAACAUCGACCUGCACUGUCCGAGAAAGGAAAAACUAUGACAUCACUGAAGCAGAAGAUUUUGGAAGCUCUGAAAGAUUUAAGUUCGAGGGAAUUUGAGGAAUUCAGGCAUGUCCUGCAGUAUGGUAAAAUGAUGAGAGACCUCCCAAGAUACCGAAGACACGAAAUAGAGAUGGCAGACAGAAGUGAAAUAGUGGACUUGAUGGUAGGGCGCUACGGUGAAGAGUCUGAGGCGGUGUUCAGGAAAGUUUUAAAGGGGAUAAAGAGAAGAGGUACUGCAGACAAACACUCUGUGGACAAACAUCGACCUGCACUGUCCAAGAA